AUGCCGCCCCGUCCGACCCCGCUCCAGCAGAGGUCAAGGCGAAGCGUGGACGCAAGCCCAAGGACCAGGUCGACCAGACAACAGGUUGUAUCGAGCCUCGCCGAAACGAGAUCAGUCCUGACCGCCAUAUUCCCCCCAGAUGAACCCAGCCCUCGCCAGCCGCGGAACCAGCUCGCCACCGAGAUCCUUGAAAACCUCGCCAAAUUCCCGCACUGCAUCCUGCUCACCCGCGUCGGCCAAUUCUACGAGUCCUACUUCGCCCAAGCCGACGAGGUCGCACGCCUGCUCAACAUCAAGCUCACCUCCAGGGUCUGGGACGGCCACCGCAUCCUCAUGUGCGGCUUCCCCGUGAUCCACCUCCAGAAGCACCUCAAGACGCUCGUGCAGCAGAACACGCGCUUCGUCGCCCUCUGCGAGGAGUUCAUGCGCCCCGCGCCGCCCGGCGCGAAGCCCACGUUCGACCGCCGCGUCGCGCGCGUCGUCACGCCCGGCACGCUCAUCGACGAGCCGUUCCUGAAUCCGUACGAGAACAACUACUUGCUGUCCGUAGGGCUCGUCGGCCCGCGGGAGGACGAGGGGAGGGGGACGGUGGGGCUCGCUUGGAUCGACGUGUCGACCGGGGAGUUCUUCACGAAGGAGUCGAGCUAUGAAAGCUUCCGCGACGACCUAGUUCGCAUCGGUCCCCGGGAAGUCGUGUUGGCGAAAGAUCUCGAAGAGGACCCAUCGCACGCUAUCCGCACCGCCGUCCUCGAAGAAGGCUGCUUCACGUCCUACAUCACCGCGCCCGAAAACCUCACUUCUAGCAUCGAAAAGAACGUCGGCGCCCUAGGGAGCGCUGAGGCGUUGCCCGUCGGGCUGACGCUCUCCUCACACGAGACCGCAGCCGUGUACUUGCUCACGACGUACCUACGCGCCAGUCUGAUGGAAAGCAUGCCCCGCCUGUCCUCACCGAACCGCGAAGCAAGCAAGGGGCGGAUGCAGAUCGACUCGCACACCAUCAAAGCCCUGGAGAUCCGAGAGGGGAUGCGCGAGGGAGGCACGACCGGCAGCCUGCUCAGCGUCGUGAAGAGGACCGUCACGAACGGCGGGACGCGGCUUCUCGCUCGAUGGCUCUGUUCCCCGAGCGGGUCCAUAGCGGAGGUCAACGCGCGGCAGUCCCUCGUCGCGUUCUUUCACGCUCGUCCACAUCUUAGGAGCGACUUGGUCGGAGCUCUGCGCGACCUUGAGGAUGCGACGCGCAUCGUGCAGAAGUUCCUUCUCGGCCGCGGCGACGCCAGCGACCUGUCGGCCAUGAGCGCCUGCAUCUCCAUCUGGGCCGCGAUCCGCAGCCGGAUCGAGCUGGAGAAAGUCAUGGAAGGCAAAGAGCGGGAUGGCCUGGUAGCAGAGGAAUGGAGCAGCCUGGACGCGUUGCUCUCCCGCAUGAACGACUUUAGUGCGUUGCAGAGCAGGAUCGGGAUGGCCCUGCAGGGGCUCCGCGCACAGGCCGACGACGCGGAAGAACUGGACGAAAUGGACACCGAUAGUGUGAUUCCUCCUAACCAAGACGGUGCCGAGGGCGACCUCAAAUGGCAAGUAGGCAACAACUGGACAUUCAACCCAGAAUUUUCGGACGAGCUAGGCCGGCUUCAUUCUCGAUUCAACCAAUUGGCUGUUCGCAGGCUGGAGCUGGAACAGCAUCUCCAGCGCGAGUUUGAUGCCCCCUCGUUGACUCUGCGCUCCUCGAUGAUCCAGGGGAUGCACGUCCACAUCGCUCGAGCCAAACGAGAUGGCGCGAAGAUCAGGCAGGCGGGCGCUUUCGUGCUCGUCUCGGAGAACAACAGCACCAGCAGCUUUUUCUACCCGGAAUGGUCGCAGCUCGGUGGCCAGAUCUUGGAAACGUCGAGCGCCAUACACGCGGCUGAGAAGCAAGCGUUCGAAACGCUCCGUAACGAGGCAAAAAGUCUCCUGAGAUGCAAUGCGUGCAUCGUGGACGAGCUCGACGUGACGCUGAGCUUCGCCAACCUAGCGGCGGAGAUGGGCUUCGUGAGACCCACCCUGACAGACGACAACACGUUCCACGUCGUCAACGGCCGCCACCCGACCGUCGAGCUCGGCCUCCUCUCCAACGGCCGCGUCUUCACGCCCAACACCGUCUCCUUCACGCCCGACUCGCGCCUGCACGUCAUCACGGGGCCCAACAUGGCCGGAAAGUCGACCCUGCUGCGGCAGACAGCGCUCAUCGCCGUCCUGGCGCAGACAGGCUCCUUCGUCCCCGCGGACCACGCCGUGAUCGGCAUGGUGGACCGCCUGUUUUCGAGAGUCGGCGCUAAGGACGACCUGUUCCGCGACCGGAGCACCUUCAUGGUGGAGAUGCUCGAGACGGCCGAGAUCCUCCAGCGCGCGACGCCCAACAGCCUGGUGAUCAUGGAUGAGGUCGGGCGGGGAACGACCGUCAAGGAUGGAUUGGCCAUCGCCUUUGCCACCGUUCAUCACCUCUACGCCAAGAACCGCUGCAGAGCCAUGUUCGCGACCCAUUUCCACGAGCUGACGGACAUGCUGGGGUACUCUGCCGACCACCGCGGCGAGGGCGCCUUUGAGCACAUCGGGUUUUUCUGCACAGACGUGGACGAAACGGAGGACGGUCGCUUCGCCUAUUCUCAUCGUCUGCGGUCUGGGGUGAACCGCGACAGUCACGGUCUCAAGGUAGCGCAGCUCGCGGGCAUGCCGCCGUCUGCGGUCGUGAUAGCAAAAGACGCCCUCGCCUGGUUGAAAGGCGACGCAGAUAGCGCAUCCAUACACCCCGGCCACCUUAAAAGCCUCGGUCAAUCACUGGCGUCGCGAUCAUGA